AUGUCCAGCUACGGUCGAGAUUCCGGUGGUGGCAGCGAUGAACAUGGUGGUGGUUAUUCAAAUGAUGAUUAUUCAGGACGAGGUGGUAAUGAUCGAAAUAAUUCUGAUAGCAAUAGCGAACAAAAACGAAAUUAUUCCGAUCAUAAUUCACGUGGUGGAGGAGGUGGAGGUUAUGGAAGCGGAGGCGGUGGUUACAAUCGUGGACGAAAUGAUAACGAUGACAGUGGAAGUAGUGGCCACAAUCGUCGAAAUGAUUAUCACAGUAAUAAUAAUGAUAGUUAUGGCGGUGGUGGUGGAUAUAAUCGCGGUCGAAAUAAUUACCAGACUAAUAGUAGUGGCAGUGGUGGUGGUGAUGAUUCUCGUAUGGAAACACAACGUGAUACAAUUUUUAUUCAAAAUUUACCACGAAAUGUCACUGCGUCAGAACUUAAAGAUGUUUUUAGUCAAAUUGGAAUGAUUAAAAUUGAUAAAAAGACAGGUGCACCAAAAAUUUGGAUUUACAAAGAUAAAGCAACCGGCGAAGGUAAAGGUGAAGCAACGAUUACUUAUGACGAUGAAGAAGCAGCACAAGCUGCUAUCAAUUGGUAUCAUGGAAAGGAAGUUCUCUCUAAUAUCGUCCAAAUCUCUUUGGCUACUCGACGUGCUUCAGCAUUUGGUGGCCGUGGUGGUUCACGAGGUCGUGGUGGAUUCCGUGGUCGAGGAGGUGGCGGCGGCGGCGGCGGUGGUGGUAGUGAUCAUGGUGGCUACCGUGGUCGCGGUGGAGAUCGUGGCAGUGAUUAUCGAAGUGGUGGUGGUAGUGGGGGUGAAUAUCGAGGUAGUGGUCGUGGCGCAAGUCAUGGUUCGAGUAGAGACAAUCGUUCUAAUCCAUAUUAA